AUGUUCAUAGCAAGCUACUUCGAUCGGAGGGACAGACUGCACGAGAAGAAGGAGCGCAAAGUAGACAAUGAGGAAGAGAAAAAAAACAAAAUAGAAAAGGUUUUAAAAAACGCCCUACAUUCAUAUAAGGAAAAAAAGGCAACAAUUCACAAAAGAGACGAAAAGGAAGAAAUAAAAAAAAUACUGUCAGAAUUCCUAAAGAGGAAGUUAAAAAAAACAAAAAGGAGGAAUAUCACUAAAGGGUUUUCCCCAAAUUUUUAUCAAAAUAGUAGUAGCUACCGUCCUGCCGAAGCGAAUUCAAAAUGUGGAAAAGAAGAUUCGCCUGACGAAUUCACAAGUGAUGAUAGCGAAAUAGAUCCCACGAUAAAAGAAAAUAAAAAUUUAAAACAUUGCGCAGAAAAAAUAACUCUACUAAGUACCGUCUUAAAACAUGACAAGUUAAAAAAUAUUGACAUACAGGAGGUUUAUAGAACAAUCGACACGUACAUUGGUGAAAGUCAACGCGAAAUUAAAGAGAUAAACGGAAAAUUGGAGAAAAAUGCAGAGAAGGAAUUAAGAAUGGGGAGAGAUAAUCUGUCCAAGUUGUGCUCAAUCAAAAGGGAGUUGGCAAAAAAUAAAAUUUUACAAACAGAAACAGAAGGAAGCUCUAAUGCCAUUGAACAUAUGAUAAGCGAAAUGAAAAUUAUACAAAAAUUGGCCAAACAAAAGGAGUAUAUUGUAAUCUUAAAAAAUAGCUUAACCAGACUUGAUUAUGCAAAGAAAUGUGCAGUCAGCAGAAAUUACGAUGAAGCGUUGAGUAUCAUUUUGGACAUAACCAGGAAAUUUCAUUUAUUUAAAAAAAAUGGAAAGGAACAAAUAGCUAAGGGGAUUCAAUUUUUUCUUCCCAUACUAACAGAAUAUUACAUGAGUAGAAUACAAUUCUUACUCUCCAGCAUUUCUUGGGGUAAUAACAUUUCCAACGUUUUGACCAACUCACUGGAGCAACUCCUAAACGAUUUUGCUGACGGUGAUGAUGAGUACUCGUUUAACGCUGAACAGGAUUUCCCCAUCAGCACGGAAAAACGACCGUCGGAAGGUGGAACCCCCCACGAGUAUACCACCGAAACGAAUGGCAAUAACUCCGCUUUAUGGAAUAACCAUAGUGAAGACAAAACCAAAUCGCUCCAGGAAAAAAUUAAAAAUGCUGUCAUCUUUGACAGCGCGUACAUUUCGCUUCUCCAAAAGGAAAGCCACGAAUUUGUGCACACACUAAUUAGCUGGAACUUGAUAGAAAAAAUUGAUGACUAUUUAAAGGGCGAAAAAAACAGGGGAGAUAAUUUUUCUCAUCAUAGAUGUGAUUGCCCCAUGAAAUUUAUUGAUCAAAUGGCUAGCUGCAUAAUCACAUUUUUUAGAUCCUUUUUCCAGAAUGAGAAAAGCCCUCUUUUCAAAAUUGACAAACCAGAGUGGGGACUAAAGUACCUGUUUUACCAGUGCGUGAUUAGCAACACAAUAUUGAAGAUAUUCCUUAGGUUCUUCCAUGAGGGGGACUUUAAGGGUAGCGUGGUGCUGGGCCAAGCGUUACACGAUGCGCUCGUGUGCAGUGGAGGCGUCUACUUCACCCAUCAGGACAGCCAGCACGAUGAAGACACGACAGACAUAAAAAGCCUUUACAGCAGGUACAGCAUGAUGAGCAACGAGCAGAAGGAAAGCAUCCUGUACGACAUAACGAACUGCGAACAAGUGAUAAGGAAGCUAAAUUUUAAAAUAAUCACCGAAUGCAGGUUGUACAUACUGAGCCGAUGCGCCUACUUCAUCCAGCUGUAUCAUGUGGAAGAAAAUAAGAGUGAAAUAAAAAAGGCCUUUUUAAAUUUCAUACACCACGUUCUCAUGCUGUACAAGAAAUGGAUGCUAUAUGACGGAAUCAACUGCAGGCAUUUGCUGGACGACUUUCUGAACAACACUUUUGUGCGCGUGUUAGAUGUGGAAAGGUUCGCACCCGGCGCGGAAAGGAAAGAGAGCAGCAGCAGCGGUAGCAGCCACGACGCAGAUGCGGGUGUAGUUACAAGUGCAGCUACCGGUGCAGUUACCGGUGCAGUUACCGGUGCAGAUACCGGAGCAACUACCGGUGCAGCCACCGGUACAGGUGCGUACGAAUCGAACGAGCGCAGCAUCCAGGAACUGCUCAAAUCGAGGACAGACGGACCCAGCGAGGUGAAAGGGGUCUACAUGAGAAACUUCUUCCUACUAAUCGAAAAGGAAUUCCUCGUUGAUAUUUUGAAAGACAUGGCCUCCAACAACUGUUGCGUGCAGUUGAAGAACAAAAUCAUUCUGGAGGAGGCCGACUGCGUCAGCGAGUAUGUCCACAUUUUUACAGAGUUGCUGAAGAGGGUCACGAGGAGAAUGGCUCUGUUCCAUCACGCCGAGGGGGGGGGAGGUGAAAUCCUCGAGGGGAGAAGCACCCACGAGGGAGGAAGCACCCAUGAGGGAGGAAGCACCUACGAUGGAAGAAGCACCUACGAUGGAAGAAGCACCUACGAGGGAAGCUAUACUCCCCGCAGCGACCGCUUCGUGGAAGAGUACCUCAACCAGGUGGUGAAGGAGCUACUUCUCAUCGUCAAGGACGAAUUUAGACACCACUGGAACAACAUAAACGAUUUGAUAGGCGAAUGCAGCAACACGUGUCUGCUCUACGUGUCCUUCUGCUCAAUAAACAAAUUCCUCACCAUUUUCCAAUACAAGAAAUAUUUGAAAGAAACCAUUUCGAGCUUCAAUCAACUGGAAAAAAAAUGAAUGCCUCCCAGAUUAUCUCUUCCAAAAUUUGUGCACCAGGAUAUUGCAGAAAUUAGAUUCCAAAAUUUUAACUUUCCUAAUGAAUCAAAAUACUACAUAUUUACACAACGAAUUAAUGCUUCUUUGAUUCUGCAUCAGCUGGACGACCUUCAUAUGAAGAGAGAGGGUGGUGGUGGUAGUAGUAGUACUUCUAAUGUGGGUGGGAGUACCUCUCCCAUGCCACGUUUAGAAGAAAUUAUUCACCUGAUGACAGAUGAUGUAGAUAUUUUGAAGAGAAAAAUUCACCAACUUAAAAGUAACUAUACUUUGUUGCUAAAUGAUCAAAAUAAGAAUUGGCUAGUUCAGGUCACCAAAAUUACCAAUGCACUUUUGCGAGACGAUGAUGAAGAGGAUUCCAGUGAUGAAUACUCGCCGGUUCGUACCCACCAUGGAAAGGACGAUGCAAAUAAGGCUUGCCAAAUUUCGCUCAAAAAAAUCAAAGCGCUCCUUUUAAGGCGGCCGGACAUCAGGCAGAUCGCGGAGAAGUCCAUCGUCAUUCAGGAGUUCAUCCAGGUGUAG